GACACGUUCCAAGUCAGCGUGUUUUCGUGACAGUGGGACUUGAGAUGCGAAGAUAGUUACGAAUUGUGGCCAUUCUCGAAAUUCUGAGAAAGAAACGUUUGAAAAGCCCGCCACUACUAUACUUUUUUUUUUUUUUUUUGCUAGUGUAACCGUACGUACGUUAAAAUAAGCUAGCUUACCGGAGAAGUCUCGUUAGAGUGACUUUAGCCCGGUAUAAAAGUAGUCCAUACUCAAAAAGACGAUUACUGAGGGACCGUUACGUAGCCGUCCAAAGUGUUGAAGAAGCAAACAUGUCCAAAAUAGACAAGAUGAGCAUCCUCGGGGUGCGCAGCUUUGGGAUUGAGGACAAAGACAAACAAGUCAUCUCGUUCUUCUCUCCCCUCACGGUUCUGGUUGGUCCAAACGGAGCAGGCAAAACGACCAUUAUUGAGUGCCUCAAGUAUGCCACAGCAGGAGAACUUCCCCCAGGUUCUAAAGGAGGCGCUUUUGUCCAUGAUCCAAAGGAUGUUCACGAAACAGACGUGCGAGCGCAGAUACGACUUCUGUUCUCUGAUGUCAACGGAGAGAAAGUCACCAUCCAUCGUUCCAUGUCCUGCACCCAGAAAGCGAAGAACUACUCAUUUAAAAGCUUGGAGCAGGUUAUUACCCGGCUAAAGGAUGGCGAGAAGGUGAGCUUGUCAUCCAAGUGUGGCGAGUUGGACCGUGAGAUGAUAUCCGCACUCGGCGUGUCCAAGCCCGUGUUGAAUCACGUCAUAUUCUGCCACCAAGAGGAUUCCAACUGGCCACUUAGUGAGGGCAAGGCGCUCAAAGAAAAGUUUGAUUCCAUCUUCGCUGCAACCAAGUAUAUCAAAGCUCUGGACACAAUGCGUCAGUUGCGUCUCAAGCAGAACAACACCGUGAGAGAGUGUCAGGUGGAGUUGCGCUUCUUGAAGCAGAACAAAGAAAAAGCCCAGCAAAUUAGAGAGAUUGUUGCCAACAAGGAGGCUCAGCUGAUGGCCUCCAAGGACAGUAUCCAUCUGAUUGAAAGCCAGAUAAAUCCACUGGAGAAUCUGCUGGCAGACAUUGACUUAAAACUGGGAAAAGUAAUGAAGCUGGACAAUGAUAUUAAAGCUUUGGACAGCAGGAAGAAACAGAUGGAAGAAGACAACAAGGAGCUGGAGGAAACAAUGGAACAGGUGUUCCAGGGUUCGACUGAGCAGCUGCAGGAGCUGUACCAGAACCACCAGAAAACAGUGAGGGAGAAGGAACGCAGGCUGACCGACUGCCAGAAGGAGCUGGAGCGAGCUGGCAGGGAGUGUCAGAGACUCAACAGGGUCAAGGCUGAUCUCUUGGUGGAACAAGGACGUUUACAGCUGGAGGCUGACCGCCACACACAAAACAUCAAAAACCGUGACACUCAGGUCCGUUUAUUGUCGUCCCAACUGGAGAUGGAGGGCUACGACCGACCGCCUUUCACGACUCUUCAGCUUGAGAGCUUUCAUCGUCACCUCACACAGAGACUGGAGCAGGAAAAAGCCACAGUCGCUCAGGUUAUGGUGGACUUGCAGGAAAAGGAGGAGCAGAAACAACAGUCAAUUGAUGAGAUCAGGGACAAGAAGACGGGCCUGGAGAGGACAGUGGAGCUGAAAAGAGACCUGCAGGGAAAGAAGCAGCAAGAGCUCCGGAUUGUCCGCACUGAGCUGCAGAGGCUUGAAGGUUCGUCCGGCAGAAUGCAGGAGCUGGAAAAUGAUCUGGCCAAAGCGGAGCGUGAGCUGCAGAGAGCCCUGCAGAUGUCCAAUGUAGAGGAGCUGAAGGUCGAGGUUGUGGAGCUCCAGAGAGAAAAGGCAGAGCUCGACCGCACACAAAGACAGCUGGACCAAGAGAUGGGACUGCUCAACAUACACACGACUGCACGCACACAGAUGGACAUGCUGACAAAGGACAAGAAAGAAAAAGAGGAGCAGGUACGCAAGAUCAAAUCGCGUCACAGUGACGAUCUGGUGUCACUGCUGGGCCACUUCCCCAACAAAAGAGAGCUGGAGGACUGGCUCUACGCUAAGUCAAAGGAAAUACACAGCACCAGGGACAAACUGGCCAAACUCAAUAAGGACUUAGCGUCCAGCGAGCAGAAUAAGAGCCACAUUGCUGCUGAGCUACGUAAAAAGGAGCAGCAGUUGACAAAUGACGAAGAAAAGUUCUUCAUUGUGUGCGGAAGUCAAGAUCUGGAGCAGGACCUUGGCAAAGUAAAGGAGGACCUAGAAAAAAUCUCCAAACAAAGAGCCAUGCUCGCUGGAGCCACUGCAGUCUACACCCAGUUCAUUAGCCAGCUGACUGAGGAGAGGGAGCCCUGCUGCCCCGUCUGCCAGCGGACAUUCCCGUCCGAGGCUGACCUGCAGGAGGUCAUCAGCGACAUGCAGUCCAAACUGCGCCUGGUUCCAGAUAAGCUGAAAAACACAGAGCAGGACCUGAAGAGGAAGGAGAAAAGGCGAGAUGAGAUGAUGACUCUAAAACCAGUCAGGCAGUCCAUUGUGCAGUUACAAGAGAAGGAGUUACCCGAGCUGAGAAAUCGGUUGCAGAGUGUGAACAGAGAAAUUGAGAGGCUGAAAAGUGAUGUAGAGGAGCAGGAGACUCUGCUUGCGAUGCUGAUGUCUGAGGAGGAAACAGCCAAAGCUUGUCAGCAGGACAUUGCCCUCAUGGACAGAUUCCUGAUGGACCUAAAGGAAGUGGAGAGGAAAAUAGCUCAGAAUGGAGCCAAACUCCAGGGAGUAGACCUGACCAGAACCAUUCAGCAAGUCAGUCAGGAGAAGCAGGAGACUCAACUCAAGUUAGACACCGCAUGCAGUAAGAUGGAACUGAAACGUAAGUUGAUCCAAGACCAGCAGGAUCAGAUACAGAUGCUGAAGAGUUGUGUGAACGAGACCAAAGCAGAGAAACUCCAGCUGAGCAGCGACAUGCAGAAGCAGCAGCAGCUAGAGGAGCAGUGUGUUGAUUUCACCACGGAGAUUCAGACCUUAACAAGGGACAUCCGGGAGGCAAAGGAACAGCUGUCUCCGUUGUCCGCCACCCUAGAUAAGAUGCAGCAGGAGAAACAGGAACUGAUGGAACGUAAAAGGCAAAAACAGGAGGAAGGACAGGAGAAGAUCAACGCUAUCAAAGAGAAAGUAAAGACCAUCACCAUCUUGGAAAGAGACAUCUGCAAGUAUCUUGAAGAGGGCAAAGAUGAAUAUAAGGAGCAAAAAGAGUCUGAGCUUCAGGAUACUAACACCCAGCUCCACGAGGCUGAACGACACAAAGAGAAGAUCAGCAAAGAGAUGGGAAACAUCCGGCAGGACAUUGACACUCAAAAGGUGCAGGAGCGCUGGUUACAGGACAACCUGACCCUAAGAAAGCGGGUUGAGGAGCUUAAAGAGGUUGAGGCUCAGCGAGAGGCCCUUUGCAAAGACCUAGGCAACAUGCAAGUGAUUCAACUACGCCAAGAACGACGUGAAGCCGAGCGUAAGAUGGAGGACCUGAAGAAGAACCGCAGCAUUGCACUGGGUCGCCAGAAUGGCUUUGAGGAGGAGUUGCUGCAUUACAAAAAAGAGCUGCGAGAAGACCAGUACAAUAAAGCGGACGAGCUCUACAAAAACAAGAUGAUUGUAAUGCGCACGACAGAGCUAGUCAUCAAAGAUCUGGAUCUCUACUACAAAGCCCUUGAUCAAUCACAAUCAUGGCGUCUGUGGCUCUGUGGUCUCGAACCAGGCUUUUUAGACUACACUCAUAAGGAUUUGCAAUUGUAAAUGUUGGAACAGGUGUUGGCCCUGACGAUUUUCCCCAGCAGAUCAAGCAGGGAAAAAAAACCUCGCUUAACACACUCCACACUAUGGGAUAAAAUCGCUCAGGAUAAUCUUUUAGGAAACAUCGGCUAAUCGGGCCUUUGUUUAUAAUUGCCUAUAGAUAGUGAUGGUAGCAAAGCACUACUUUCAGUACGAUGAGGUAUUUUUUUAAAAAUACCUCAUCUUACUGAAACAUAGUCCCUUGGCACAAAGAUGCCACAAGAUGAGGGCAAAGCACUGCUGUUGUCCAAAUAAAGCUCCUCAGUUGUCUUAAAUAUAUUUCCUUGGCACCCAGAGGCCGCAAGAUGGCGCCAAAGUAAUGUUUGUAUUGCUUUGGCCUGAGCACACAAACAGUGAAAAGGUUCCAAAAAUGCAUGAAUUUGUUCUUCUGUCAGUGUGAAAUAGAAUCCGCGACAGUUUUUAAACUAUAAAAUCCAGCACCUGUCUCUAGCUCAAACAAAAAUAAUCUGUGGUAAAUUCCACACUGGGUAAAAGCAACUGGCAAAUUUGUAAACAUAGCCUGAGAGGCGUAAAAGAAACAUAGGUCUGUGCGUCACUGCCAAACUGUCAUAAUGUCACACGGGAGUGACAUUUCCAUCACGCCUGCAUUGGUUGAGUCAGCUUUUUCAUCAGAAUUAUCAAGAUUGUCAGCAAGUAGGCUUUGGCCACCGUCCAACGGAUGAGGGGUGCCAGUUACUCUCCUUGUGCUCUCAGAGCAUGUGAAAGCCAAAAAAUGAACUUGGCCUUUGACAACAAAUUAUGUCAAAGGUUUUAUAUAUUAUCAACCAUCGUGUGACGUAUGCUUUUCUUUAGCAUUUCAUAUUGAACAGAAAAAGAAAAACAACCUAAAAGUCUGAGUAGUCCAGCACUUUUUUUUUCUUUUUUCAAAUUGGUCAGUAGGCACACGCAGCUAGUUCUCAAAAAUAUUUAGCCUACUUUUUGACACAUUGUGCUAAAUACUCAUGAUUUAUUUUCACAAUAAUCAUUUCAAAACAUUCAUAAAGAAUUGGUGACAACUUGCCGUAUGGAAUCAAAACCCUUACUACUUUGUCAAGUAAGCAAAUCCCAUAGAUAGAUAAGGAUUACUCAUCUUUUUUAUUUCCUAUUUCAUCACGACUCUCCUCUUCAGUUGCCAUAUAUGGGCGUCGGAAGGAUGGCGGUUGACUUACACUUGAUAUUUUGACCACAUGAGAGCUUGUCAUCAGUUGGUGGGUUUAUUAACUACACACAGGAUGCCAACAUCCAGUUUUCUGCAGUUUUACCGCCCUCAUCAACCUACUUGUUUACCGUAUAUCAAUAUGACACCAAUUCAAAUAGUUUCUGUUUUGGAAUAUUGUGACCAACAAUUAAACAGAAAAAAAAGCGAUUUCAUGGUUGGGUUGCUCACACAAGAGUUUAAUAUCAAUUUGGGACAAAAUUUGCUUGAGUUCCAUCUAAGGAAUAACCAUUUACCAAAUAAAACUAAAAAUUUGGCCAGGGUAUUCACUGAAGGCUUAACUGUAAGUUGUUAACUCUGUUACUAUUUAUACACACUAGGGACUUUUUUGUUUUUAGUAUACAAUAUUUCACACAUUUUAACUCAUUUUAUGACAUGACCAUCAAUGUGCAGCAAAACCCCAAAAAAGUACAGUGUUAAUUUUAAAUAUGUUUUUUUUUUUCUUCUUGAAAA